GCUAUGAAUUACUGGAGAAAGCUUGGAGCCCCCCCAGAGAAGCUCAUCAUGGGGUUUCCCACCUAUGGACGUAGCUUUCACCUCCUCUCAGCCUCUGAGAAUGGGUUGCAGGCUGAAGCGAUGGGACCAGCAUCUCCAGGGGACUGAGAAACACUGGAUUGAUUAUCAGCGUGUCCCAUAUGCCAACAAGGGGAAGGAGUGGGUUGGCUAUGAUGAUGUCAGCAGCUUCAUUUACAAGGCCUGGUUUGUAAAGAGAGAGCAUUUUGGGGGUGCCAUGGUGUGGACAUUGGACACUGAUGACGUCAAGGGCACUAUCUGUGGUGCUGGCCCUUUCCCCCUUGUCUACGUACUGAAUCAUAUCCUGGUGCGGGAUGUAGAGGCUGCCCUAGCAUUUUGGCUGUCAUCUGCUAUGAAUUCUUCAAGCGUUGACCCUGAAAGACUGACUAUGACUAAGUUUUUACCCGCUGGAGGAGAGGCUUUAGGCACCAAGAUUCAUGGAAUUUAUGAAAAUAUGACUACAAUCCCCACAGGUGGAAUGGUUACUCCUGGAAGGGAAACUAUAUCCCUUGGAAAGCACAUUGUAACUCUAGGCGAGAAGACUGAGAUCCCUGAGGGAAAGACUGUGACCUCUGUGGACUAUCAGUCUGUGACAUCUGGAGGGCUGACUAUAGACCUUGUGUAUCUGCAGACUGAGAGUUGUGGAGAGAAGACUAUAACCCCUGUGGGUUAUCAGUCGGUGACCCCUGGAAGGAUGACUAUGACCCCUGUGCCUGUUCAGACUGAGACCCUUAGAGAGACAACAUUGGCCCCCAGAAGGAAGACUAUGGCCCCUGAAAAAGUGCCUGUCUCCCCCCCCCCGAAAGAUGUCAGUCCCCUUUAAUUGGCAUCUAAGGUAGAUGCCUCUAAAAAGGAUGCAUUUAUUUGGCAUCUAAGGUAGGCCCUGACCCCAGGGUGGGUGGCUUGGGUGUUCAGAUGGAAGUUGA